AAGACUUCACAGUCCUGACCCAACAGUGUACCUGUACGAACAAUGUAUUUGUACUCUCAGCAGCAGUUAUAUUUGUGGAUUGCCUUCAUCCUACCACAUAGUCUUACAGGGUUCCAAUCUGUUAAAGGUGGACACCCUAUCUUUGACGUAAAAUGGAGCUACGACAUAAAUAACACGGCAAAAUAUGUUGGAGUAGGUCAGACGUUCACCUCGCUUACGCCAGAACUGCACAUGAAAUGGCAUCACCCCUUGCGCACUGCAUCGUUUCGACCUGACCAACGUAAAACUUAUCCUUCAAGAAAUAUUAAAAAAUUCGACUUUAAUCUGCCUAAAUCCAACGAGCCAACAAACCAAAAUUCCCUGCAGCCUCGUCUAUCGAACUUCAACUCGCGGCCACAAGUUUUGUGUAAUGCGGUCGUCCAAAACCAAUUGUUUUCUUUGAAGAGCCCCUUGUAUCCGCAGCAUUAUCCUGAAAAUAUCCGCUGCUUAUAUGUCUUCAAGAAGACAUACAAUGUUUGCUCAUUAGAAUUUGAAAUUCGUGAUUUUUACUUGGAGCCAACGGUCGAUUGCUCCAAGGAUUGGCUUCGCAUCGGUGACCGGAGAUAUUGCGGUUUUCACCGCCCUCGCAAAUUGCUCGUCGCAGCAAACAAGUUCCAGGGCCAAGAUGUUACAAUCGAGUUUCGCUCAGACUCCGCUCAUCAAUUUCGUGGCUUUUACAUCAUUGGAAGGCAAAUUCCUUGUCCACUGAACUCCUUUUAUAACCCUGGUUCUUUGAAGACGUCUGAGCAGCGCCCAUUUCGACCCCACGUAUCUUUCACGGUACCUUUUCCGGUUCCUUACGCUCCACGGCCAAGUUUCACCGCUUCACCUCCUUCUGGCUUAGUUAUUAAAUAUCCUAGAAUAAACCCCGCUCCUUCUCCAAUAUCACCGCAACAUAAAAUUCUUUCAAAGUACCCUACACCCAGACCUUAUCCUCCAUAUUUCCCACCAACGUAUACAUCUGAAUCGCCUAUAACCCACCCGACUCCAACGCAAACACCUCCUCCAUUGACCACACCAUCUUUCACGUAUUGCGACGCGACGUUCAACACCCCGGAAGGGCAGUUUCAAUCAGUGAACUACCCACAAAACUACGGACCCAACCUUUCUUGUGAGAUCAGGUUCUUCCCCGCGAACGAUAGCUUCUGCGUGCUUGAAUUAUAUUUUCAGGAUUUCCUGUUAGAGCAGAGCAAAGGAUGUUCGAAAGACGCUCUAAUCAUUGGUGGCAACCGAUAUUGUAGUUCUUCCUUGAUCGAUCAGAGAUUAAGGAUUUCUUUUGUUUCACAAUCGUCCAUCAGUCUGCAGUUUGUUACGGAUGCGACGGGAAGCGAAAGAGGUUUUAAAUUUCGUUUUCGAAUGCUACCCUGUGAAGGUUUUUCGACCACAAAUUCACCGAACACAACACCACCCGGUGUUACUUGCGAUCGCGUGUUUAGCGACCGAGAGAACACCAUCACAAGCGUCAACUAUCCAUUGCCUUACUUGAAAAAUCUCGAUUGCAUCUACACGAUUGAAAAAUGGUCACUGAUUGUUGAUGAAUUGGAAAUUUACUUUGCUGCCUUUGAUUUGCAAAACGGGACAGACUGCGUCUACGAUUACCUGGAAAUCGAUGGAAGAAGAUACUGUGGUGAUCAGACAGGUUUACGGCUUCGAGUGCCAUUUCCAAGCGACAACCCAUUCGAGAUUCUCUUCCAUUCGGAUGGAUCCGUUCAACAGACAGGCUUCAACAUCAGCAUAUUACAGCUGGAUCGACAGGUUACUUCUCCACGUCCUCCCACUACACCUCCACCAGUUUCUGUCUGUCGUACUGAAACUUAUAGUGAAUCCAGCUUCCUCAUAAUUUCUCCGCAAUUUCCUCAGCGUUAUGAUCCUGGCCAGGACUGCAGUUACAGUGUCAUCCGAAGAUCAAAGGAUGUUUGUGAAUUGCAGCUGAAGUUCGUCUUCUUCUAUUUACCUGAAGCAGUUGAUACCGAAUGCCGAGAGGACUAUUUAGAAAUAAACAACAUUCGGUACUGUGGAGUCCUAUCGGGUCAAACAAGAAACGUUCCUUUCGAUAGCUUCCAUGUUGACAUUCGAUUUCAUUCCGGUUGGAUCGACAACGAGGCUGAAGGGUUUUCUAUUCACGUUGUACAGCUUACUGACUGCACUGUGCCUCCACAAGAAACGAAUCCGCUUCCGCCCAGAAUUGAAGAAUCGCUCUGUGAAACAUCGUUUUUGCCUGAACAAGGGACCAAUACAACCGAGGUCCAAUCAAGAAAUAAUGGCGGAUGUAUGUACGUUAGAAAUGAGGAACCAGCCAAGAAUUACGCAAAUUUAUAGUUUUUUUAAAUUUUAAUUCCUCAUUCAAAUAUGUUGAAAAAUGUAUUCGCCAAUCAGCAGUUGCUCGUUAUUGCCAAACUGCUUGUAGCAUCAUUCUUACCAAAUUUCUUAUUCUUGCUUCCAGAGCAUAAAAAAACGUAAGAAAGUAACAGAAAAUCGUCAAAAGGGAUGUAGGCGUUCACAAAAUAACCUUCACCUUUUUUACGAAGUGAA